AUGCGUAACCGGAAUAUUAUUACACAACAACACAUCGUUAAUAUGGAAGUGGCUAUCUCUUUAACAGCGUCGAAGUUGUGUCACGUUAUAAAUUUACCCACCGAAAUAACAAUCACCAUAAAUUAUGAAUGGUUUAAAGAUUUCAUUAAAGUGAUCGGCAUGAGAAACGAGGCCUGUGACCUUCACAGAAAGCUGUUAGUUAAAGUUAUCGCGAAGUCCACGUUCGUAACGCGAGGCGAUGGAGGAAAAUAUGCGGAGCGCUCACGCAGCCGUACUAUAUUCGUGGUGGGGCUACACUGA